ACUGCGAAAAAUCGAAUUCACGAUGCAGGAGUAUAAAUUCACAGAAACAACGGAUUGGCUAACUAAUACUGAGCGAAUUUUGACCAUAGUUGGUACUUGGCCCAAGAAUAAAACUAACCUACGGUUUAUCCUGAGCCUCGUGUACAUGACAAUUUUCGUAGCUAUGCAGUGGACAGACUUCGUAUGUCACAUCGACGACCUCCAGGAACUCGCGGACAUUUUAUGUGAGACCGUUGUAGGGACGAUGGUUGUUAUAAAAUUAUUGGUUUUUUACAAGAAUCGAAUAUUAAGUGAGAUGAUCGAUGCGGUGAAACAAGACUGUGAAAAUAACAAGACUCAAUUGAGUCCGAGCGAGAAAAGGAAAUACGCAAUGUGUUAUUCGAAGGGAACAACGUAUGUAAAAAUUUUCACAUUUUUCGUCGGGGCCACGUGUGUCUUUUACUACUUGAAACCUCUUCCCAUAAACGUACUUGCAGCAAAUCGAAAUGAUUCGACAUCUCUGGUCUUACCGUUUCGGACAAGUUUGUCCUUUAAAAGAACAGAUGCCUACAUGUAUGCCUUUUUGUACGCGUGCCAAAUGGAGGCAUUGCUUCAGAUAUUUUUUGGAUAUGUCGGCACCCAUGCAUUACUCAUGACUCUGAUGAUGCACAUAUGUGGCGAACUGUCGGUUUUAUCCGAAAGAAUAAUUAAUUUAAAAACGGAUAUGGAAAAUGGUCAACAACGCGAAAUCAAAAAGAUAAUAAUGCGACAUGUACGUUUAAUAUGGAUGGCGAAAGAAAUAGACACCGCAUUCACCGUCGUCUUGUUGACUCAAGUUAUAUGCUCUGAAAUCAUGAUAUGUGUCGCUGGAUUUAACAUGAUUGUGAAUUCCGCAAACAGUGACAAGACAGCUUUUAUAACUUUUGCUCUGUACGAGGUUGCGGCAUCGGUCGAUUUGUAUGGUUAUUGUUUAAUCGGUGAAUGUCUGAUAUUGGAGAGCCAACGCAUCUCCGAUUCCAUUUCUGACUGUGCUUGGUACGAGAUGCCACCAUCCCAGACGAGAGAUUUGAUACUAGUCAUGGCCAGAUCUCAAAAGCCACUUCACCUCACUGCCGGAAAGGUUUUUGUUUUCUCCUUAGAGAUCUUUUCUGAAUUCAUGAAGACAUCAAUGGCAUAUUUAUCAGUCCUCAGAGCUAUGACUUGAGUGAGUUUGUUCAACGAAU